GAACGCAUUCCCGAUUGCGGUUUUGGUUUUGUCGCAGUGCGGUUUCUGCCUUUGCCUUGGUCGGUGGGAUCCCGCGGCGGAAAGUGUGCGCCUGCGCACAAAGCUUCCCGUUGGGGCUGAGGAGCAAGCUGCUGUUCGCCCCUCUGGCCAUGACUCCUUAGCUGGCAUUUUGCACCCCAGUUGUUUGUGAUGGAGGCCUCUUUGGCGAUUCAGAUGGAGGAGCCUAUGGUGUUUUCUCCCUUGCUUGACUGUGGCAGGUUUCAGGCUGAGGACUCUUUAAAAAAAUAUGAGCAGACUGUUAAACUUCCAGGUGUUAAGAAAGAUAUUGAGAAGCUUUGUGAAGCUGUACCACAGCUUGUCAGUGUGUUUAAAAUCAAGGACAAAAUUGGAGAAGGCACCUUCAGCUCUGUUUAUUUGGCCACAGCACAAUUGCAAGUAGGACGUGAAGAGAAAAUUGCUUUAAAACACUUAAUUCCAACAAGUCAUCCAGUAAGAAUUGCAGCAGAACUUCAGUGUCUAACAGUUGCUGGGGGAGAAGACAAUGUCAUGGGAGUUAAAUUCUGCUUUAGGAAAAAUGAUCAUGUGGUGAUUGCAAUGCCGUAUCUAGAACAUGAGUCCUUUUUGGACAUUUUGAAUUCUCUUUCCUUUCAAGAAGUGCGGGAAUAUAUGUUUAAUCUCUUCAAAGCUUUGAAACGGAUUCAUCAGUUUGGAAUUGUUCACCGUGAUGUUAAGCCCAGCAAUUUUUUAUAUAAUAGACGCCUGAAAAAGUAUGCCUUGGUAGACUUUGGUUUGGCCCAAGGAACUCCUGAUACGAAAAUAGAACUUCUCAAGUUCGUCCAGUCCGAAGCUCAGCAGGAAGGCUCUUCACGGAGCAGGUACAAUGGAACCAUCGGAAACAAGAGUUCGUUGAGUCGCCCAGCAUCCAAGAAUCUGGAUCAGCAGUCUACCACAAAAACUUCUGUCAAAAGACCCUACACCAGUGCACAAAUCCACAUUAAACAAGGAAAAGAUGGAAAGGAGGGAUCUGUAGGCCUUUCUGUCCAGCGCUCUGUUUUUGGAGAAAGAAAUUUCAAUAUACACAGCUCCAUUUCACAUGAGAGCCCUGCAGUGAAACUCAUAAAGCAGUCAAAGACUGUGGAUAUAAUAUCAAGAAAGCUAACAACGAAAAAGAAGGGCAUUUCUACUAAAGUUAUGAAUAGUGGCGUGAUAAAGAAAACUGCCAGUUCUUAUCCAUCUGUCUUGACUUGCGACUGUUAUGGAACAGAUAAAGUGUGCAGUAUUUGCCUUUCAAGGCGUCAGCAGGUUGCCCCCCGGGCGGGCACACCAGGAUUUAGAGCCCCAGAAGUCUUGACAAAGUGUCCCAAUCAAACCACAGCAAUUGACAUGUGGUCUGCAGGUGUCAUAUUCCUUUCUUUGCUUAGUGGACGGUAUCCAUUUUAUAAAGCCAGUGAUGAUUUAACUGCUUUGGCUCAAAUUAUGACAAUUCGGGGAUCCAAGGAAACCAUCCAGGCUGCUCAAACUUUUGGCAAAUUGAUUUUGUGUAGCAAAGAAGUCCCAGCACAAGACUUGAGGAAACUCUGUGAGAAGCUCAGGGGUGUAGAGUCUAACACUCCCAAAUUAACAAGUGAUGUGUCACAGUGUACGUCUCAUGACCCUGCUUUUUCAAAGAAGACUGACAACCAAGCUUCUUACCGGGUACAAACUUUGCAAGCACAGCACUUAGAGAAUCAGUUGUAUACAGAGGACAGUAAUGGGAAUCAGUUGUAUACAGGGGACAAUAAUGGCCAUAGGACUCACUGUGAUGAGUGUACUGCGAACUUACAAGGCUGGGACGCUGUACCUGAUGAAGCUUAUGACCUGCUUGAUAAACUUCUGGAUCUAAAUCCAGCUUCAAGAAUAACAGCAGAAUCAGCCUUGUUACAUCCAUUCUUUAAAGAUAUGAGUUCCUAGUAAUGAUUCUUCAUUUAAUUACUGGUGUGUGUUGUGAGAUGGGAUCACAAGUUCUUGUUUUGAUCUAAGUCCAGGUCAGGAUGAAUAAUUUAUUUUAAAAUUGUAGUAUUUGCCUUAGUGGCAGAUGGUAAAAUAUAGAUUAAGAAUUCUUAAAGUGCCUGGGAAAGUUCUUGACAUGAUUUUGAGUUAAAACCACCCCAGAGCAGUUUUAACUUGGCACAUGAGUUCAGGGUGCAAGUCUUAAAAAGUAAUGCAUAUAGUAGAGAGUAAAUGAGUCAGAAGACCGUUUCCAGGUUUGUGAUAGGACAAGCACUGAGUGUUUUGGGGGAAUUUGUUCUGGUGCUGAUGCCCUGAGUAGUUCAUAGGUAAAGAAUAUAAUUUCCUUUCCUGCAGGUGUACGUUAUAUCUUUUGUGAAUACAAAAACAGUUACUGAACAGAAAUGUUUGUCACAGGACAGACAUUUAAAUCUGAAAUUGAGUUUAGAUUUAUCCAUUUUCUAAAAGCAUUUCAUAAAAGCAUUUUUGUAUAAAACUUGUCAUGGAUUUUUCUUUUCUGCUUCACUAAAUAUACUCAUUCUCCUUCUA